AUGCCGCGUAAACUACGUAAGAAUAUACGUAAGAAACGUGCCACGACUUUGAAACAUCCAGUGGUAAAACUCCCCUCAGCAAUGCAGCAAGCUGCAACUGACCCAUCUUUAUUGGCGCAAAUGUACCAGAACCCUUUACUGGCGCAGAGAGUGUUAGGAAGUCAAGGUGGAGGAGGUUUAAGAGCAGCCCUUAUGAAUAAAAUGGCAAUGGGAGCAGGUUCAGUAGGAUUGGAUGGUGCAGCUUCUUCAUUUCUAAAAAACAACCCUUACUAUCUCAAACAAGUGAAAGCUGACACAGCAGCUUUAAAGUCAGCAAACGACGAAGCUUUGAAACAACUUCAAAAGCAAGACAAUUGGAAACGAAAACAUGAAGCAGAAGAAGAACUGAAGAAACAAGAAAGAAGAAAGAUAGAUAUCGAAAAUGAGAAAAAGGCUUUAGAAACAAAAGAUGGACAGGAUGAGAUUUCAAAAUUGGAGCUAAAAAAUAAGAAGAAACAAUAUAAAAAUGACCUAAGAGAAAGACGUAACGAAUUGUUAAAGGAGCAAAAGGAGUUGAGGUUGCAAGAACGAUUCGAAAGAGAAAUAAAUAAAGACGAUGAAAUUAAAAAGAAAAUAUACCAAAAUGCUUUGAUAGCAGCAAAGAACAAUACACUAAUGAAACUUCAUUUAGAAAAACAAAAAGCUAUAGAAGAGAGAAAUGAACUUAACGCACAACUUACAGCAAACCAGGAUGUUAGGAAGCAGGAGGACUAUAAAAAAUUAGUUGCCAGCGUAGAAGAAAAUAAAAUGCUAACAGAAUUGGUAAAACAAGAAAACGAAUCUGCAAUAAAAUAUCUGAAUGAAGUAGAACGUACAGAACAGCAAAGAGAUGUUCGUAAUUCAGAUAACUAUAAAAUGUUAACACUUCAACAUAAAUAUAAUGAAAUAAUGGCUGAAGAAAUAAAGAAACGUACAGAUGCAGAAGCAUCUGCAGCAACAGCAGCACAGGAGUUAAUAGCGACAAGACAAGCAAGAGCAAAACCAUAUAUAAACAAUCUAACAGCUAAGAACAUAGAUUUAAUGACUAAAACAAAGGCACUCAAGAUAAUGACGGACCUUGCUGAAGAAAAUAACAAACUUGCAGUUGAAGCAAACAGAAGCAAAGCAAGUUUGGUAG